CUGGGAUCCCACGAAAUAUUCCCCAAGUUGUGAUUUCCAAAUAUCGUCACUGACAGUCAAAGAGAAGACAUGAAACGUUUUCUAUCUUUAUGUGUUGUGUUUAGGAUAAUUGCAGCUUCUCCACAACCAAGAGAUGAAGACAAAGCCCAUUACUGCAUGCAGUGGAUGAUACCACGACGGGACGACUACUUCGCCCAUGUUCGAGACUCCAUCAACGAGUUCAUCGACCGCCGCCCCGAAGGCAGCCGCAUCCAGCUGAAUGUUGUCACCGACUACAACUACAAGAUACUCAGCUUCACAAAGUCUGACUCCAGCGAGAUAUGGACCAAUAAGCUCUUGGAACUGAAGCCUGGCAAUUUUGAGUACAGCCAGAAUGGAACUGUCUCAUCUGCUCUUCUCAAUGCCAACCUGAAGGACUGCUUCGACCGUUACCAAGGCUUGGCGCAGAUAUCGGUACUCAUAGGACCUUCUUACACGAUGGGGGCGCAGGACUUUGAGAAAUUGACGAUCAAAAGUUACGUGAUUCAAACGAAUGUGUCAGCAUCCAAAAGUUAUUUGGUAGCCUUGGCAACCAACCAUGACCACGUGGUGUUUGUAUCGGAGAGAGAACAGCUGGAAAGGAUGAUAGCCGAAGAUAGCAAACGUAAAUGCAACACUGACAAGUACUGGCGCUCUGACUUUGAUACAUGUGAAAGCUGUGAAAACAAGUGUGGCAGCGCAUCUCUCACUUGUGAAAACCAUGACCUGGACGUAGAAUGCAAGUACCAUCUAGAAUACUUGAGGAGUUUGCAAUCGUCAACGCCUAGUUCAACAACUGGUGGUCCACGCACGACCAGACCUGUUGCCCCAGAGCCGCAGCCAACAACCAACUCAGAUGACAGUAGCACCGAUAGGGUGUAUAUUGCGUUGGGUCUUCUUACACUGGGUGGUCUUGCUGGUGUCGGCUUUUUAUUCUGGAAGUUUAAUUUCUGGCAAUGGAUAAAGAAGACAAGGGAGAGAAGGGAGGAAUCGGUUGACGUUGAGAUGGCGCAAAUUGAUAGGAGGCCAAACGUAGCUAGGGACAAUGACAAUCACUUGCUGCCAGAUAACCAUCCAGUGAGGGACACCCAGCCACAUGAUGAUAGACACUCACGUGAGGUUAGGCCACAUGUGGAGGUUCAGGGAGAGGAGGCGGACCCACUCAUGAUGAACGUAUGCGACGCUACUAGAGCUGACGCUGUACACGAUAGGCGUUUCGAGGAAAUCCGCCCAUCAGCAUCCAUUCAACCCUCAUAGACACCUCGUCGACCAUUCUAGGACAUGCGCACAAAGUCCACAAACCAUCUCCACCAUUACAGGACAUCCAUUCUACCCUGCACGCAAUCUCUACGACUGGUGGCUAACAUGUGACAUCACUUUCAUCAUACAACUAGAAAGUUAGCUCAAAGCGUAUAGUAUUUUUUAUGUAGAAUAUGCCAUGAAUGUUUUCGGAGGUUUUUGUAAUAUUUAAGACACAUUUUAUCUAUAUAUGGUAGAACUUUCCAUUUUAAAAUAUAUUUCAAGUUUUCUAUAUUAUAUAUGUUAACAAGAUCUAGUUGCCUGCACGUGAGUGGUCAUGAGAAUAUUUACUUGUAUCAUUUGGCAUAAUAUACAUCUCAUUCUGUACAUAUUCAAUGAAUUUACCAUUUAAAUUAAUACGCACAUUCUGGCAAUAAUGUUGAAAAUGAAUAUGAACAAGUAAUAAUGAAUAAUGAAUUAUUUGAUUUGAUUGAAAUCAAUGCCCCUUUGAUAAAAUUUGUUUUUAGAUGUACUUUACAUCCUGUAUUAUUGCUUUUAACUCUUUUGGACAUACUGAUUUAUUACUUGUUUCAAAAUAUCUCCGAAUACCUCAGGAAAAUGGAACUAUUCGUCAUUAUUCUUUUGAAUCUCUUCAUACGAAUGGUUAUCAUCGGUAAUUUGUCUUUUUGUCAAUUACUAAAAAGUCAAUUAAAGUGGGCCAUUAUUAUUUUCAGUCAUUAUGUACAUCUAACCAAUGAUAGGUUCCAGUGGAUUUCGAUGUAUUUUUGUAUAUUUUUGUUAAUGGCAAGCUAGAGCAAUUUAAAGAUCUCAAACUUUGGAACAUAUAUGCAACAUAAGCUCUUAUCGAGAGAUAUUUCAUUUUGCUGAUAUUGACGUUCAGUUAUAUAAAUUCAUAUAAGGUAAAUUCUGAUCGAACCAUUUUCACAAAAGUCACACAUGUUAGAAAAAUAUAUAUAUAUUUUAAUGUUUUUUUUUUUUUUUUUAAAUUGAUUUACAAUAUGUUUUAAUAUAAAUUGUGAUGUAAAUACUGUUCCAUUUGAAUGUGAGUUGCGCUAGAAAUCGCUGCUACAUAGGAAGAUGUUGAAUUAAUAACUCUACAUACUUCAUGUUAUAUUCGUGUUGAUUGAAACAAAUUCAACGUUUUAGAUUUAGACCGUGCAUACAUGGAGUUUAGAUUUUAUGAUUUUGAAUGUGCAUGUCGAAACAUAUGUAUACGUAAGAAUAUGUCAUUCUUAUCAUGUUAAUCAAGCGAACACCACGGUUGUUUUGAAGACAUUUGUAACUUUGUAAAUAAAAGGCUUUAUUAGUUCAUUAAAAUCACCGAGAAAGCUGAUAUGGGAAAAUACUUUCGUGGAAAGAUAAUAACUAAAAAAAUAAUAGAAUAAAAAUUUGUCUACUUCAGAAUGUAACAAGCAACCAUUUGCUCAUUGAUAGUAUAUAAAAUAUAUGUAAUAGAAGUGCCCAUAUACAUAUUAUGCAUGAUCUUUCGAAGACAUGGUGUCGUAGCUUUCAAAGCGAAAGUUGCAUUUGCCACAACUGUUAACAUCAAGCGUCUGACGUGAUAGGCCAUUUAGUCAAUUUAGUCAAUGAGUGUACUAGGGAAUAAGUUAUUGUGUGAAGUUUUUGUCUUCCAUACAGAUAUUGUUUCUUAACUGAACUGAGGCAAAUGAGAGAACCAAUUCAUCAUUUAUUUGGAUAUGAGGCAUAUGGACUGUGUUAUUGUUUGUUAUCGUUUUAAUUGAUAAAACUGUUUACCAUAUUUUUAACGAAAACACGCAUGCGCAUUCUGUUUGUUACAUCUAUAUGGUUGUUAUACAUCGACAAAUGUUAAGUCUUGUGAAUCAUGUCACAUUAUUUUGAAUAUUCAUUUGUUGAAUCAUAAACUGAUGGUAGAAUUUGUACAUAGUUAUAUUAAAAUUAUUCAAAUAUAUUCCAUAUGAUGUGUAAUUCAUUCAUCUGAAUUGUGUAUAUUAAGUUGUGUACAUAUACUAAAUUUGUACAUAUUGCAUAUCUUGGUUAAAGCUGCACUCUCACAGAUUUACCGUUUAAACAACUUUUUUUUUGUCUUGGAAAGAGCAAAUUGUUUGCGUAAAUAUCUGCCAACCAAUGAUAAAAGCUUGCUGACAAAAAAUCAGAUCGUAGAUUUUCAUAUUUCCGUUCGAAAAUUAUUGUUUUAUGGCUUAAACAGUUGCUAACGGUUUAAAGGUGCACUCUCACAGAUUUACCGUUUUCACAACUUUUUUUUUUUUGCCUUGGAUAGCGCAAAUUUUUGCGUAAAUAUAUGCAAACCAAUGACAAAAGAUUGCUGACAAAAGAUCACAUCGCAGAUUUUCCUACUUUCGUUCGAAAAUUAAUGAUCUAUGGCUUAAACCGUUACUAACGUUUUAAGAACAAUGCAUAAAACAUCAAUUUUUGAACUUAAGUAUAAAAAUCUGAUAUAUAAUUUUUUGUCAUUAGUCUUAUAUUUAUAUUUUAACUGGUUUUCAUGCACUUUCGCAAAAAUUAGCUCGUUCCAAGAAAAAAAAAUAAAAAAAAUUUGUCAAAACGUUCAAUCUGUGAUAGAGUGCAGCUUUAAAAAAAUGCAUAAAACAUCAGUUUUUGAACUUAAAUAUAAAAAUCUUUGAUUUGA